GGGGGAGGGGGCGCGGCCCUGGAGCAGGGGCUGUGCCGGUGUGCGGGGACCCGGUGCUGUGACUGCGGUGGCUGUGAAGCUGACGAGAUACUACCAAAGUUCCUCUGGAAGUGAAGUGGAAUUUCAUAAGAACGCAAUGGAUGGAGAAGAAAAAACCUAUGGUGGCUGUGAAGGCCCUGAUGCCAUGUAUGUCAAACUAAUAUCUUCAGAUGGCCAUGAAUUUAUUGUAAAAAGAGCCCUUACCUCAGGAACUAUAAAAGCCAUGUUAAGUGGCCCCGGUCAGUUUGCUGAAAAUGAAACCAAUGAAGUCAAUUUUAGAGAGAUCCCUUCACAUGUGCUAUCAAAAGUAUGCAUGUAUUUUACCUACAAGUUUCGCUACACCAACAGCUCCACCGAGAUUCCUGAAUUCCCAAUUGCACCUGAAAUUGCACUGGAACUGCUGAUGGCUGCGAACUUCCUAGAUUGUUAAAUAAAAUAAAUUAUAAUAAACUGUUAACUUUUUUUCAGUAUUUAAUACCUGUAGUUCAAUUAGUAAUUUUUUCAUAUAUAGCAUGUUGCCUAUGUGCAGUCGAACUUUAAAGUUCAUUACAAAGCAGAUUAUCUUCUGUUCUUUUGCAUAGCAAUCAAAGUUGAAAUUUGUUUGCUACAUCAACAAAUUCAGGACAUUUUCACAAACUGAGAUAUAAACAAUGCCAGUUCAUAGGGGGUUUUGCCUUAUCCUUUGGGUAUGGUUUUUAAAAUUAGAGCAGUGGUGAUACAGUAAAUGCCGAAAAUUAGGCACCAAUGAACAUGUUCUACAGGUAAAUAAUGGGGCAAUGUAUUUUUAUGUUUUUAGUGUUUUUUUUAAAAACUUGAUCUUACAGCUGUCAUUAGCAUCACUAGUUAUGCAAAUAAUUGCAUUAUAAACGUGUUUAUAACUUAGCCAAAACAAUUGAUUUUUAUAACUGUCAAGGACAUAGAGUUGGUGUUUCUUAUGUGUCUUUUGAUAAACUGCAGUAUUGUUUAAAUGUAUCUUAUCUUUUUGUUUAAUGCUACAACUUAAGAAUUUUAUUUAAAAGCAGUUUUGGAAGAUUAUAAGGUACAGUUUUGGAGUGGUGACAUUUUAAACUGUAGCCAGAUGGUCAAAGGUCAACUAUGCCUUUGAUUUCCUGUGCAUUGUGCAUUUUGGCCAACCCAAAGUACAUGCCUUCAGCUACUAUAAAGCUUUUUUUUGCAAUAUUCAUUCUUC